AUCUCAUUCGCGGUUUCAACAGCCGAGAAAGAGGGCUCGUUGGAGACGGCGAGGAGGGCCCGGAGGCGGCAACCCGGACUUGGCCCGCCAUCUUCCGGAGGGAACGCCGAGAAAGAGGGCUCGUUGGAGACGGCGAGGAGGGCCCGGAGGCGGCAACCCGGACUUGGCCCGCCAUCUUCCGGAGGGAACGCCGAGAAAGAGGGCUCGUUGGAGACGGCGAGGAGGGCCCGGAGGCGGCAACCCGGACUUGGCCCGCCAUCUUCCGGAGGGAACGCCGAGAAAGAGGGCUCGUUGGAGACGGCGAGGAGGGCCCGGAGGCGGCAACCCGGACUUGGCCCGCCAUCUUCCGGAGGGAACGCCGAGAAAGAGGGCUCGUUGGAGACGGCGAGGAGGGCCCGGAGGCGGCAACCCGGACUUGGCCCGCCAUCUUCCGGAGGGAACGCCGAGAAAGAGGGCUCGUUGGAGACGGCGAGGAGGGCCCGGAGGCGGCAACCCGGACUUGGCCCGCCAUCUUCCGGAGGGAACGCCGAGAAAGAGGGCUCGUUGGAGACGGCGAGGAGGGCCCGGAGGCGGCAACCCGGACUUGGCCCGCCAUCUUCCGGAGGGAACGCCGAGAAAGAGGGCUCGUUGGAGACGGCGAGGAGGGCCCGGAGGCGGCAACCCGGACUUGGCCCGCCAUCUUCCGGAGGGAACGCCGAGAAAGAGGGCUCGUUGGAGACGGCGAGGAGGGCCCGGAGGCGGCAACCCGGACUUGGCCCGCCAUCUUCCGGAGGGAACGCCGAGAAAGAGGGCUCGUUGGAGACGGCGAGGAGGGCCCGGAGGCGGCAACCCGGACUUGGCCCGCCAUCUUCCGGAGGGAACGCCGAGAAAGAGGGCUCGUUGGAGACGGCGAGGAGGGCCCGGAGGCGGCAACCCGGACUUGGCCCGCCAUCUUCCGGAGGGAACGCCGAGAAAGAGGGCUCGUUGGAGACGGCGAGGAGGGCCCGGAGGCGGCAACCCGGACUUGGCCCGCCAUCUUCCGGAGGGAACGCCGAGAAAGAGGGCUCGUUGGAGACGGCGAGGAGGGCCCGGAGGCGGCAACCCGGACUUGGCCCGCCAUCUUCCGGAGGGAACGCCGAGAAAGAGGGCUCGUUGGAGACGGCGAGGAGGGCCCGGAGGCGGCAACCCGGACUUGGCCCGCCAUCUUCCGGAGGGAACGCCGAGAAAGAGGGCUCGUUGGAGACGGCGAGGAGGGCCCGGAGGCGGCAACCCGGACUUGGCCCGCCAUCUUCCGGAGGGAACGCCGAGAAAGAGGGCUCGUUGGAGACGGCGAGGAGGGCCCGGAGGCGGCAACCCGGACUUGGCCCGCCAUCUUCCGGAGGGAACG